CAAAUAUUUUCCAAUAAAAAAACUUGGUCAAAUAUUUUUAACUUUAAAAAAUAAAUAUAUUUUUCAUAUCUAAAAAUGUCAUUUUUAAUUUCAAACAGACAAACGCUCCCUCCAUUCCUCUUUAUUUAUUUACUUUCUUUUUUUUUAUUCGGCUCAAAAAGAAUUCCUCCUUAAUUUAUUCAUCUGCUUUGGAUUUUAAAAUUAAAAAUUGCUGUGACUAGGGUUUUAUAAUUUAUUUCUUUUUAUUUGCAAAAAUACUUUUCGCUACUUCUUUUUUUUUUUCCCGCGAGUUCACUGCUACAAGCCUGAUUUCUCUUCCUCUUGUCUUGGAAGCCAGGGUUGGAUUUAAUGGCGUAUAGAGGUCGUGGUCGAGGUCGGGGGCGUGGUCAAUUGAGCUUUCGAGGGGCUAAGCAACUUCCUUUCGAGCUUUUCCCAGAAGUUCCGAAUUUGGGUAAUGCAUCAGGUGUCACUGCAAGGAUAACAUUGGCAGCUCGCCACUUAAAGUUACAGAAGUAUUGGAACUCUUCUCCUUACUAUUUGGGGGAGGAAAGUGAUGUUUUGAAGAAAACGAAAGGAAUGGAUAUAGAAAGGUUCUCGGAUAGGAACUUGGAGAGGGUCAAGUCAAAGCAACCGUUGGCACACUUCAUAAGGAUGGAUCCAGCCUAUGUUCCUGCAGAACUAGCUAAAGGUGGAAGGGAGGUGAGACGUGCUGCAAAAAGAGUGCGUUGGAACCCAGAGGCAGACAUGCAAAAAUUGGAUCUUUUGGAAAAGCUUGAUCAAAAAUCUAAGGGCGGUGAUGAAAAGAAAAAAGAUGGUGACGACGAGGAUGAAGAACAAGAGGAGAAGAUUGAAGAGGAAGAAGAAGAAUUUAGUGAUGACGGGGAUUACAAUCAAAAUCUUUAUGAUUACGAUGACGACGAAGACGACUUCAACAUGAAUGAAGAUAAUAAUGAUGAGGCCAUGUAUUGAAGGUGUUACUUGGUGGAGUAGUUUUUGCUUGCCUUUGGAAUUUUUUUUUACUGAGAUGGAAUUCUUUAAUCACUGUUGUUGGACUUCUAGAAAGCUCAUAGGCCUUGUGAAUGAGCAACAGCUACUUAAUUUCGGACAAUCAAGAAAGAACAUUUUCUUGUUGUCUUUCAUACAGGUUCCCCUUUUGGGAAUAUCAACAGAUCAACAAGCUAGAUCUAUGUAUAUGUUUAGGCUGAAAAUGCACCUGGACCUUCUGUUUAAAGGAACUACAUCCAUGGGCAUGCGUUGCCUGGAUGUUCUUCUACUCUUCCCCGUUCUUUAAUGCAGGAACUCCAUAAGUUUUGUUUGGGGAUGUUGGUUCAGGUGUUCCUGUUUUUUUUGAAGAUGGAAAUUGGUUUAUGCAGUUAUACUUGAUUUCUUUUUUUAUUUAU